GGAAAGAGUGAGAGGGAUGCAGAAAGAUAGAAUAACUUCAAAGAGAACAAGAGAGGGAAAUGUGUAUGAGUGUGUGUGUGGGUAGGGCGGUCAAUUCUACUUUCCUACAAAAUCUGAUAUUAAGCCGUGUUGCCAAGGGCAACACACAAAGGGAGGGAAAACGGUAUGAUCAAGCAGGGAUGGUGAAAAAUAACCACUUUUUUUGCCUUUUUUAUUGCGUGUGCUGACGUAGAUAACUGUGAGGACAGCAGAGAGUGAAAAAGAGAGAAAGAGAGGGGAUGCUGAGUGGGCAGGAAAACAGAAGGCGAGCAUCCAAUCAGCUGCAGCAAAGUCAGCGUCCUUUUGUCCAAUAGAGUGUGACGAGUCUCUUCCAGUGUGAGCUAACAGCGCUGGUGGCUGCUGUCUUAUUAAUGAAUGGAGCGUCUCACAGGCAGCAAAACGGUGCUCGAGUUCUCUCUCCCUCGACGGAAAAGGCAGCACAAACAGAAUAGUACUAGCGCUUCGCACCUCGACAGAAAACAACUGCAGCAGCCGUGCGCAAACAUGAAGAAGCACCAACAUGAGGACGAGAACUCUGACAGCGAUGCAGAGCUGGAAUCUUCUGUUCCUUCUACGGCGAAUGUCCGUCCUUCUGCUUCCUCUUCCAACAUCCUGCUUCCCUCAUCUUCUCAGCGGAGAUCCAUCUCCAUGGGAGACUUUCGGAGAGUUCCUGCUGGACAGGCGGGCUCCGAGCCGCCUUCUGCAGCCGCCACAGCACCCUCAUCCAAGCUGGUCACCCCCAGCUCCAGUAUGGAGUUCGAAGCAGCUCGUCGACGCCUCCUGGAGGUGGAGGAGCGCCAGCGUGUCAUCAGGGAGAUGGAGAGACGGUUAGAGGAGCUAAGGGAGGUGUUUGUGCGCUCCGAACAGGAGGCGGUGGAACAUGGGGAACUGGUGGCCCGCAUCACUGCUGCCGCCCAGCAGGGUGAAUUAUACGUAGCGGAAAAUGGACAGCGGCUGAAAAAGGGAUUGCGGUUCAAACGGCACAGGCCCACCAUUGUCUUCUCCUCCAUGCUGGGGCUGAGAACGUGCCUCCCUUGGCCUGUUAAACUCAAAUAGCCAAACAUCCGCUGCAAGACGGUCUUUCACCGCUGUCACACGUCACAACAUCAUCCAAGGAUGUCCGAGGCUCAUUUUCUACUCGCUAUUAGUCAGGAAAUGCUGAAACCUUUGCUUCGUUUGUAUAUAUUGUUAACUGAGAUAUUAGAUGGUGCUUCAUUUGAGCCCAUUGAAAUGGCGCAGGCCUCAUAUUUGCUGCUUGAACAACCCAAGACACUGGGCAUUUUCUGUAUUGCGUGUGAACUUUGCUGAUGUUUAGAGCUCUGUGCAUGUGUUACACUUCAUGUACCUGGGGUUGCUUGGUGUGCGUGUGAACGUCAGGAGACAGCAGGGUGCUAAUCUUCCAGGAGUAGUCACUCAGGUUUCCUGUGAUUGGUUUAAUUGAAAAGCUUUCUUCUGCAGGCCUUUCACACCAAGAACAACAAUAGCUAUAUCAGCGUCGACACCAAUGGAUGAUAACGUUAUGGUUGUAAUGUGACUGGCUAUCAAAGAUUUUAUCAUUCAUCAGAUGGAAAAAAGGCUCUGAAAGGGAUUUCAACAAUAUUUGUUAUUGUUACAGUUGUAGUGCUAGUGUGACCCUUUACAGUUAAAGUUCUUGCUAUAGUUAUCAUCCAUAGUGUGAACGACAGAUGAAUAGUAUGCUUUUGUGAUUGUUCGAUUUGUGCACAUAUUGGCGGCUUGCAAGGAGGUGUGCACAUGUGCUUAGGUCCUCUUGGGUACAUCUGGGGUGCCCACUGAGCAUGUGUGGACAGAGAAGAGAAGUGACGAUUUAUCUCUCUCCGUCAACGUUCCAUCUGGGGCCUCUUUCAUCCCCCGGUUGCUUAGCAACCAGGACCUGACUUUCAUUUCCUUCAGAAUGUAUUUGACAUCAGCAGAUCCAAAACUACAGCUCAUGAAUGACAGGCAGAGGGGAUUUUGAGAUUCUUCCUGUGUAUAUUAAUUCUGUUGAUUAGUUUGAGUGUACACGAUUGAAAUUGCCUUCAAAUAUGUAGCUGAAAGACGUAAGCAAAUGGCAGUGUCAGUUAAUGACCCCACAGGCUUUCAGACCAGGCUUCUAAAGCAUCAUACUGUAAUGAUCUAGAACUAAUUAUUGUGAGAGAUAAUAUUAUCAAAACAAAUAUUUAAAGACUACAAAUGCUUAAUUCUUGCCAGAAGAUCAUUCAUUAUGAAUGUACAUUCUCAAUGUAUUAACCACUCCAUCAGAUACCAUCUUGAACCACACGCACAGAAUAAUAGAAAAUCACAGGCUCAAAAACCUUCAAAACGAACCAGAAGAAGGCAUGUUAGACAGAAAGGAUGUUAUGCUAACAUCUAAUGCCUUCCUACCUCCGUAGGCUACCUGCAAACGCUGCUUUUUUCAGGUUUCAGGCACAACCAAUAUCGCUCAUUUGAUACUGAGUGCAAACAGGCUAUUAAGUGUAUCGCAUAAUCUUUUUGGUUGGUUAUUUGGUGCAACUGCUCUCAUGGAAACUUGCUUUCUGUUCUGCGUUUCCUCACUCUCUUUGAGAAAAUGGCUCUUGCUCAGUCUUGUUUGAGAGGAGUGCGGUUGGGGACUUCAGCAAAACACAGGGGACUGCUAUUCUUGGCUUGAACCAGUUAACACUGGAAGAUUAUGGGCUAGGUACAGAGAGAGAGAGAUGAUGUGAUGCUGGCUAUCCUUGUAUGUCUUUAGCGAGCAGUAUAACCUUUCCUUCGGCAGAUAAAUUUAUGCUGUACUGCAGGGUAUGCCAGCAGGACCGUACAUCACCACUGAGAAUGUAGCCUGCACCUGGCAUCUUGCCUCAUUGUGUAAGCAGACAGUCACUUUACUCAAUGCAUCGUUCUCACUGCAUCGUAAAAACGGUAUAUCACUAUACGCAAAUAUACUUUUCAAAUGAUUAGUAUUAAAAAUACAAAUUAUAAUAAUAAUUACAUUUAAUGUGCACAGGUAAUUAUAGAAGAAGUACACAUUUUUGCAUUAUCAGAUUCUGAAGUCUUCAAUAUGAUUUAAACACGUAUUUACUCACGUAACAUUAAUUAUAAAUCGAUAGGCUGUGAUUACAAUCAUUGCAUAAACAUAGAAUGUCUUUUAACAGGGUCACUUUGCAAUCCACUCUAUAUGCUACUGCAGCACGCAUGGUGCUUUUUGUCUGUGCAGCUCUGCGUGACACCCACGCAUCUGCGUGUGACGCUGUUAGAUUUGCGUCAUUUGACGGGGCAGGAUGCCUGCAGACCACAGUCUUUAUUCAUUUAUAUCGAUCGGGCGUAAAGCAAAGACAAUACAAGUGGCUGAAUCUCAGUUCAAGGGCUACUUACACUUCCUUAUUGACAGAGCAUCUGAGUGUCCUUUAACGGUUGUGCUGAUCUCCCUUAUUUUAAUGAUCUAAGCAGCUGUAAAUUAUGCUACAUUUGGGACACACGAUUGAUUGGCUGCUGUAGAAUGUGAGAGAUGAUUGAAAAUGCCUGCAAUGUUCUUCAGUGAUAUAUUAACUGCAAACCAAAUUUUGUUGUGAUGAAAACCUUGUGUGAGGACGAUUAUUGCUGGAAUGAUGUGAUGAAUCUAUCUGGGGUCCCCUACAAACAUUUACCAUGGUACCUGCAGUUUUUGUUUAAAUAUAUUUAUUUGUAGAAUUACUACUGGAUCUCUAAAGUGCUUGAUUCUGAUUGGUCAGUUGUGGUAAUCAGUGCGUUGAUGUUGCAUAACGCAAAGAGCAACAGUGCCCACCCACUUUUUCAGUGGCCUUAGUUCUUUAAAUGUUCAUUUGAGAGUUAUAAGCCAUGAACAAAACCAAUCAGCUCCAAGGUGAAUCACAACAUUAAAAACUAAAGCAUAAAUUUACAAAACUGUGUACUUAACAUUAAUAAGUCCCAUAAAGAAUCGAAUGACAUAACUGAAUUAAAAAGGAUAGACUAAUAUGAAUGGUUGCUUAAAGAUGUUGAUUUUUUAAGGGGAAACAUUUAUUUUUUGUUUAGUGCAAAAUACACACAUAAGGCUAUUCAUUUUUGCAGUGCUUCAUGGGAAUGGGCAGGCUUUUUUUAGUGUGCAAGAUAAAGGUUUCUUUGCAGGAUUUUGGUAAAUGUAGUUUUCCACCAGAAUUUUGAAUGUUGAACAGGAUUCAAAUGUAAAUGUUGCACAGCAGGUCUAUAUUUUAUAUUUCAAAAUGAAUCUACUUGAAUGAGAUUUUUACCUUCUCAAACUUGAUUACUGUGGUAAUAACUGCUGUCAGGUACCAUGGAAAACUUUUUAAGGGAUUCUUGGUUGUAGAAAUCCAGCAAUGCUACCAGAUGACUGGCUGGAUGGUUUGACAUAGCAUUCGUGAUUUGUAGGCCACAUUUUGUCAAAAGCUAUGUAGAGUUAAACAUUCAUCAAAUGCCUUAUCUCGUUUACUGUACAUAUGUAAUUCAUUCACGCUGUGUGGUUUAAAGACGCCUCAGAUGGAGUCUCUCACGCACUGAUUUUUGCACUGCACCUUUUAUGAGUUUUGCUAUGACAGAUAUUAAAAGAAAAGCUUUCCCAAAGAUCUCUCUGGGCCCACUUGCAGGAUGAAUGUAUAGUCUGUCCUUGUGUUCAUGUAUACAAUUAUGAUACCACAUCCUAUAGGUUUCAUCAGGUAACACUAAUCUUUGCAAACACUAGUCUUUUAUUGGAUAUCCUGCUUCUGUUUUCACAUCUACUUAUUUUUGAUUAGCUUUAGAUUCAUUUCUUCUUUUCUCAACUGUAAAAUAACUUGUAAUCUUAAUGCUCAACAACUAUUUACAAUAGCUGUUAUUUUUAGUGACAGUAUAAGAGAAGCUUUUCUGAUAAAAAAAAUACAUUUAGUGGAGUUCACAAACUUUAAACUUACUUUUGCCUUUGACUGUAUUCUUUUGAACACUAUAGAAAUCGAAUAAGAAUGUAUCAUGCUUUGAAUUAAUGUAUUUAAUGUGCUUUUCAAAGUUUUAUUCACAAACUUUAAAAUGGCCUAUUCUGUAAUUACUGUUAUUUCACUGUUUCACAGAACAAGAAUCAACAUUCAAAAACGUUUGUCUCUUGUCUAACACUGAAAUUAUAUAUUUCCACUUUAUGCUGAAAUAAUAACUGAAUUUUUACUAUAUGUGUGGUUUGCUGAACAAAAAGAUUUCACAUGCUUCUGUA